UCGUUUGAGCACAUGUCAAAGUAGGAAUUAUUUUGACGUUUAAUCCAGACAACCAUAAUGAAUAGUAGCGCCAAAUUCACAAUUACGAACUAAUCUCGUAAAUGUCACCAUCAAGAAACGUAAUCAAGGAAUAAUAUACAUUUCGAUGGACAAUAAAAAGCGUACAUCACAACAUCAAACUUAUUCGGUCGACUUUAUAUAAAACAAUAUAUUUAACAUACAAAAUGUUUAAAUGAUAUUCACAAAAACUUGAAAAACAAUUCACAUGUUGUAGUCUCUGUAUAUUGUGAUUUAUUGUGUUCCAUGCUUUUGUCCCGUUUUUUAAUUUAAAAUAAGGUAAUCUCAUCGUUCGUCUUGAACAAUACAACGGAAAAUGUCAUUUGAUGGAAAACAAAGAGGACGUGGGAAAGCGAAUCUCAAUGAUAAUGAACCGAGCACAUCAUCUUCAGGAAAACGUACACGUGAUCAUAGUAAUGGUGGCGAUAAUAAGCGACACGCGCCAGAAAAUAAACGUGGUCCGAGUCGGCGUAGAGAUUUUACGGUGUUGAUAAGAACAAAACCUCACGAAAACGCAACAUCCCAUGAUCCUAGAGCACUGCAAAAAGCUACCUUCGUAAGAUUGGAAGCGAAUUAUUUCGCCCUACAAUCGCAGAGGGCUUGUAAUCAGUGGAAAAUUUACAAAUACCACAUUACUUUUGAUCCCGAAUGUAUGAUGAAACGAAUGCAAAUGUUUCUGGUGUCUCAACAUAAAAAUAAAAUCGGCGGUUAUCUUUUCGAUGGCGCUCAAUUAUUCACGACGCGAAAUCUGCACGCAGAAAACAAAUCAGUUGAAUUUAAAUCAGAAACCAGAGACAAAAACGUAUAUACAAUUAAAAUGGUAUUUACACGAAUUGUAUUGAUGAGUGAUCAAGAAUCAUUGCAAGUUCUUAAUUUGAUACAACGCCGAAAUAUGAGCGGACUGCAUUUGCAAUUGGUCGGCCGAAAUUAUUACGAUCCUAAGAAUAUGAUUGACUUACGUCGAUUCAACAUUCAGCUAUGGCCGGGUUAUGAAACGUCAGUGAGAUAUCACGACGCCGGGAUAUUACUUAAUUGUGAUGUAGCGCACAAAGUCAUGCGAACAGAUACAGUUUAUGAACUAAUGAGGGAAAUCCAACGUAGCGAUUCACGAAACUUUGAAAAUACUUUUCGGCAAAAAGUACUCGGAAUGACAGUUUUGACCGGUUACAAUAACAAAACCUAUCGCAUCGACGAUGUCGAUUUCAACAUCACACCAUCAAGCACGUUUUCUCGAAACAACACUGAAGUCACCAUCAAGCAAUACUAUUCAGAAAAAUAUCAUAUCGAAAUAAGAGAUGCAUCACAGCCAUUAUUGAUUUCACAACCAAGAGCGAAAGAUUUGCGCGGAGGUGAGCGAAAAUCGGCAUGGCUUGUACCGGAACUUUGCCGUAUUACUGGCUUGGACGAGAGACAACGAAAUGAUAUAAACUUGAAAAUGGCGAUGAGACCCUAUUCUCAAAUGGAACCGCGGAUUCGAAGACAACGUCUGCUAGAUUUCUACAAUCGGAUUCAAAUUAGCGAAGAGAAUAAUAAAAUAAAAGAAGAAUGGGGACUUCAAAUUCAACCUAAUUUAGUACAAGUUAACGCCUAUUGCAUUGACCCAGAAACGUUGACUUUUGGCGAUGACAAUAAACUAGUUGUAAACAGGGCAAGCUGGGAGCGAGAAACGGGUCGCGGCUCUUACACGCUGUAUUCACCAAUAGACUUAUCGCGAUGGAUAGUAGCUUGUCCACAAUCAAUGGAAAGAGAAAUGCAACAAUUCGUUCAUCGUCUCAAAGAAUUUGCAACAAACAUGGGAUUCCCUGUAAAGGAUCCACGCUGGGAACGGUUCAAUGGCGACUCAGAUAUGGUACGUGAACUUGAUAGGCUGGCAAACAUGAAUCCCCGUCUCAUAUUAUUUGGAACGUCAACAAAUAGUCGAAGGAAUUCUGAUUUAUAUUCAGGAAUUAAGAAGAAGUGUUUUGCUGAUUAUGCCAUUUCAUCUCAAGUAGUGACCAAAUUCAUCCUGAGCAGUCAACGAAACAAAUAUGAUUCAGUGGUAACCAAGGUGGCUAUACAAAUGUGCUCAAAAUUAGGUGGCGCUCCGUGGUAUCCUCGAUGUCCACUUAAAAACACAAUGACCGUGGGCUUUGAUUUAGCGAAAGAUACAAACAACAAAAACGUCUUUUAUGCCUGUUUAGUGGCUACCAUGGAUCUCAAAGAAGAAGUGGGCUUCUUCAGUGCAGUUUCCA